UGGAUCUGGCAACCCUGGAGUAUCCAGCGGCCCACACGUGUACUCAUCAGGCAGCUCCUUAACACUCCACAACAACAACAUCCAAGCCUCCGCCUCCCUCAUCCACAUCCUCUAACAGACAUUCAGUUCCUCAUCCUCCCACCCAUCCGUUUCCAAGCACAUUGAGUCGGAAAUCAUUAAUUCUGAAUCAUUUUGGAGGAGGAAACCUGUCGGACCGGCACCCGUAGGACGCCUUGCUGCCUCGUCAGGAGCCUCCAAGGGUCACACAGGACACUGCCAGGAGCUGCUGCUCGUCCCUACAGCAGCAACACACACACUACCAUCAAGGAAAGGGAGUGCCUACACGCUGACGUGUAGUGGUUAUAUUGAGAGAGGUUGUGUUGAGGAGCCGUGAUGGGGGAGACAGUGAUGGGCAGCCUGGUGCCCGAGUGGGCACACCUCGACCCCAGCACCCUGGGGGCACCCGUAAAGUCUAUUGAGGACAAAUGGAAAUUGGUGCCAGCUUUUCUGCGUGUAAAAGGUCUAGUCAAGCAACAUAUUGAUUCUUUCAAUUAUUUCAUAAAUGUAGAUAUCAAGAAUAUUGUCAAGGCAAACAGCAGGGUUAUAAGUGAUGUGGAUCCUCUGUUUUAUGUGAAGUUCAUGGAUGUACGUGUUGGUAAGCCAAACAUUGAAGAAGGAAUGAAUAUCAUCAAAGAAACAGCACCUCACGAAUGCCGACUGCGGGACAUAACAUAUUCUGCUCCCAUUAUGGUAGACGUGGAGUACAUGAGGGGAGACCACAGGAUAUUCAGAAGAGAUAUUCCAAUUGGGCGCAUGCCAAUCAUGCUGCGUUCGUCAAACUGUGUGCUGUCAGAUUGUCGCACGCACACUGAGCUGGCUAAGUAUAACGAAUGUCCUCAUGACCCUGGUGGCUACUUCAUCGUUAAAGGGCAGGAAAAAGUAAUCCUCAUCCAAGAGCAGUUGUCGAAGAAUCGUAUGAUUGUUGAAGAAGACAAGAAAGGUGGCCUCACGUGCCAAGUAACCUCGUCUACUCAUGAGAAAAAGUCUCGUACAAAUGUCAUAAUGAAAAAUGGGAAAUACUACCUUAAACACAAUACCUUAACUGAAGAUGUUGCUAUUGGCAUUGUUUUUAAAGCCAUGGGAGUUGCUAGUGACCAGGAAAUUGUUCAAAUGAUUGGAACAGAGGACCGGAUAAUGACCUCUUUUGCUGCAUCGCUUGAGGAAUGUGCAAGAUUAAAUGUAUAUACGCAGAUACAAGCGCUUAAAUUUAUGGGAAACAAAGUACGUCAGAAAAGAUUUUUUGAUCGUGGCCCUAAAAAGUCUUCUGUUGACGAAGCAAGAGAUUUACUCGCUACCACAAUUUUAGCUCAUGUUCCUGUUGAAAAAUUUAACUUUAAAAUGAAAUCAAUAUAUUUGGCUUUGAUGGCCAGGCGUGUGAUUGAGGCUCAAGGGGACACCAGGACUGUUGAUGAUCGUGACUACUAUGGAAAUAAACGAUUAGAGCUAGCAGGAUCACUUAUCUCUCUUCUAUUUGAAGACUUGUUCAAAAAAUUUAAUUCUGAUUUGAAGAAAAAAGCAGAUAUUAUUCUAGGUAAAAAGGGAAAAGUUUCUCAGUUUGAUGCCGUUCAGUACAUGCAAUCUAGCCAAGAUGCUAUAACCAAUGGCCUAGAAGUAGCCAUAUCAACAGGCAACUGGACUAUCAAAAGGUUCAAGAUGGAGAGACAAGGAGUGACUCAGGUACUUGCAAGAUUGUCAUAUAUAUCUGCCUUGGGUAUGAUGACUCGUGUGAAUUCACAGUUUGAGAAAACGCGUAAAGUUAGUGGUCCAAGGUCUCUCCAACCUUCUCAGUGGGGAAUGGUUUGUCCCUCCGACACUCCAGAAGGAGAGUCAUGUGGCCUUGUGAAAAACUUGGCUCUAAUGACACACAUUACUACAGAAGUGGAUCCUGAACCAAUUAUUGAGCUUGCUUUCAACUGUGGUGUUGAGGAUAUUAACCUGCUAUCAGGAGAAGAACUGUCAAAUAGAGAUGUUUUUCUGGUUUUCCAGAAUGGUAAUAUCAUUGGUGUAACAAGAGAUCACAAGAGAGUUGUGAGAGUGUUUCGUGCCAUGCGACGCAACUCUGUUAUUAGUGGGUUCGUGUCAAUUUACACCCAUUAUAAGCAUCGUUGUGUUUAUAUAAGCUCAGAUGGAGGACGGCUUUGCCGGCCUUACAUUAUUGUUGAUAAUCAACGACUUACUGUCACAGAAGAUCACAUUAUGAGACUGACUCGUGGGUUGAUGGCAUUUGAUGAUUUCCUCUAUGAGGGUUUAGUUGAAUAUCUUGAUGUAAAUGAAGAAAAUGAUUCAAGUAUAGCUAUGUAUGAAAAUGAAAUUGGACCCAAAACAACUCACAUGGAAAUUGAGCCAUUUACUAUUUUGGGAGUGUGUGCUGGACUGAUCCCAUAUCCUCACCAUAACCAGAGUCCUCGUAACACCUAUCAGUGUGCUAUGGGUAAACAAGCUAUGGGCACUAUUGGCUACAACCAGAGAAAUCGGAUUGACACCUUAUUAUAUAAUCUUGUUUACCCUCACAAACCUCUUGUGAAAACAAGGCCUAUUGAGCUUAUAAAUUUUGAGCAUCUUCCAGCAGGACAUAAUGCAAUGGUGGCUGUAAUGAGCUAUUCAGGUUAUGACAUUGAAGAUGCCAUUGUUAUUAAUAAGGCAUCGCUUGACCGAGGUUAUGGCCGCUGUAUUGUGUACAGAAAUGCAAAGUGUUCUGUCAAGCGUUAUGCAAACCAAACUUCAGACAGAGUUCAGGGGCCACUGAUGCAAGUUCUUGAGGGAGGUAAACAAAAGCCAAUCUGGAAGCAUGAAACGCUUGACAGUGAUGGCUUAGCAGCUGUUGGAGCAGCUGUUCUUCCCAGACAGGUGCUUAUCAAUAAGCAAAUGCCUACUGUUACACAGUUGUCAUAUACUGAUGAGCAAGCUCCCAGGCAGGUAGAGUUUCGGGAUACACCAGUUGUACACAAGGGACCAGGUUCUAUAUAUGUUGAAAAAGUUAUGUUGUCAGCAGAUCAAGAUGAAUUCAACUUGAUAAAAAUUCUCCUUAGACAAACUCGUCGACCAGAGAUUGGGGACAAGUUUUCAUCUCGGCAUGGCCAGAAGGGCGUGACGGGUCUUAUAGUACAGCAAGAAGACCUUCCUUUCUCUGAUCAAGGACUUUACCCAGAUAUGAUUAUGAACCCUCAUGGGUUCCCAUCUAGAAUGACUGUGGGAAAACUAAUGGAACUUUUGGGUAGUAAAGCAGCUGCUCUUGAAGGAAAGUUCAAUUAUGGAACAGCAUUUGGUGGAACACCAGUAAAGGAAAUUAUGGAAGAGCUAGUCAGACACGGAUACAAUUAUCAAGGCAAGGAUAUUCUGUACAGUGGCACCAGUGGUGAAGCUUUGACUGGCUACAUCUUCUUUGGUCCAGUGUACUAUCAGAAACUGAAGCACAUGGUCAUGGACAAAAUGCAUGCCCGUUCCAGAGGCCCUCGUGCUGUGUUGACACGACAGCCCACUGAGGGACGUGCUCGCGAUGGAGGCCUGAGGUUGGGGGAGAUGGAGCGAGAUUGCUUGAUUGGCCAUGGUGCUAGCAUGCUGCUGCUGGAACGCUUGAUGAUCUCGUCUGAUGCGUUUGACAUAGAUGUGUGCAACUCUUGUGGCCUGUUGGGAUACUCGGGCUGGUGUCAUUAUUGUCGCUCCUCGGCAAAUGUCUCUUCUAUUCGUAUCCCGUAUGCUUGUAAACUUUUAUUUCAAGAAUUACAGUCAAUGAACAUAGUGCCUCGAUUAAGACUGGAGAAUUAUUGCACUUGAGAAGCACACCGAUAUUUUGUUAUAUUUUAGUCCUUAUAGUGUGGCCAUCGGAAAGUAGUGUCUUAAUGAGUAAACAAUUAUUUGUUUACACAUUGAUGUGUAGAUUAUUAUUUUUACUCACUUUAUCUUAUGAAAUGGUAAAUCUGUAUGCUAAAGUAUGAAUUUCAAAAAAUAAUCCAAGCAUAGAAGACUUAUAUGUUGGUGAUUGAUUGAUUGAUGAAGAUUAAGUCACCCAAAAGGUGGCACGGGCAUGAAUAGCUCGUAAGUAGUGGCCCUUUUGAGCCAUCACCAGUAUCAAUAGAUGAUACUGGAGAUCUGUGGAGGU